UGCAUAGUGUGUGCUGUCUAUUCUGGCCCGGCAAAUCGGCUGCACGGCUUUCGCCGGAAUCCGCCGGAAGCUUUCCGGUGCUGCUUGCGAUGUUAGUCACAUCAUUCGGUAGCAGUUCUGGGUGGGGAGGGUGGGUUUCUUCCGGAUCCUAAUUAUUCACCUAUGGUGCACCGACGUCAUUCAAUCAUUGUUCAGUUAGGUGUGAGGGAGAGACGGGGCGUAUCCCAUCCACAAUCCCAUGAACUUGACCGUGGACACUCACCCGUUCGGUUGAUGCACGGUCGGGUUGUAGGCAAUGUGGAAUGGGAAGGGAAAGGGUAGAUACAUGGCGGCAGAUACUGCUCGCUCGCUACCAAUCGAGGAGUGGGAUGUGAAGUGGUUAGCGUUAGCAUGGUUUCUCCAGGGCCUGACUCAAAAUUAGCUUCAUGUGGAACUUCUGUGUUAAAUCGGAACUUGUUGAGAGCAUCGGUAAAAUACGCCAUCAACCCCCAUCAUCUCAGUAACCGACAAUUGCUUCAGCUAAUGCCUAAUGGUGUUCCCUUCAGUCAGUGGAUGGUGGAUGUCUUCGAGCCGCAGGCGGUUGCACAGCGCUGGGCGAUUGUGUCCGGUUGAGCGAAAUGCGCGUCGCCCCACAACUUCAGCCACCGGAGCUCAGGCUAUUGCCGCGUCCCCACGGCGAGCGUCCUCUCCUUUCCCCUUCGCCGGGGGUAAACAAACCGUCGCCGAUACAGCGGAUCACCAAAUUAAGGAAGCGAAACACAACGUUAUGGCCCUAGACGCUCCGAUGAACACGCCCGAUUCACUCAGUGGCGGGGAAGGCAGUCAGCAGGAAGGUGGUGGUGGCAGUAAAGCGAAAGACUCGCGGUUUUUCAUCAAAAAACCACUUAACGCUUUGGAGCGCAAGAAAAGCGAGAAACAGCGCAAAGCGCGCCAGCUCCGUCGGCUGCGCAAGUGGCUGAUGCCGAAGAAUGCGAUCGUCGCCCUGCACGAGUUGCAGGGCCCAGGCAUGACUGAGUUCACCAUCAACACGAACGGACAGGAAACCAAGGCAGAGCUCGUGAUCAACAACGUCCGGUAUGAGGCGACGGCGCCUAACAAAAAUCUCGCUAAAGCCCAGGCGUCCGAGAAAGCGCUGCGCGAUCUCGUCUUUGCGCAGAUGGCGCGAGUGAAGCAGCAGCGCAGUGCGGGUGCCACUAAAUCCACCACCGCUUCCAACACCGAUGACAAUGUGGAUGGAGCAAACGGCAACAGUAACGGCGACGGCAACGAUGGUGCCGCCGCUGCCGGAGAAUCCGAACCGAUGGAUUGUAUCGAGUCGGAGGACUUACCGAUGGAGCAUCUGGCUGCGUUUGCACUUCACAAACUCUUCACCCAGUGGGAGGCGGAAGGGUUUGAAGUGCCGUUCAUAAAACCGUCCCGGACGAAGGUGGUGCCCGCCGCCAGUGGACAGACGGCGCCUGCCGCCAAUGCCCAGCCCGAACAAGGCGGGGGGAUCAUGCCUAAGGUGACGAAGACGGUGGCCGAUUUACCAUCGGACGCUUCCAAGCGCCACCCAACAGCACUGUUUGCAUAUAUGCGCCCACAAAUAGCAUACGAAGAUCUCGGCUCCAACAAUGACCAGACAAACCGCGAGUUCAUUGCCGGCUUGCGGUCGGACGGGCAGUACUUCAUCGGCAAGGGACGUUCGAAGAAACUGGCUCGCAAGGCGGCUGCGAUCGAUGCCUGCAAGAUACUGUUUGGUGUAGAGUUCGACGAGAGUGUGCUGCAGGGUUAGGCGUAUAACAAUUAGCCUACAAUGGCACGUAAUUGUAUAGAGACGUGAAUCGUAUGCUGAUGGGGCUAUAUAACUUAAUUAAGCGCUUUUAAACUGUAACUUUUAACAUUUUUUUUGUGGUAUCGAAGGACGUUUAAAUCAUUUUUAUUCGACAAUUCUGUUAGCUCCUGAAAGACAGGACCAUCCAAGUUAGAGGACUUUUACACACAGGACUGUCACGUCUCGAAAACCUUACGGGCUGGCAUGUCCACUCAGGAUGUAAUGCCGUCACGCUCACGUAGAAGAAGAAAAAAGCAUACGUAGAGCAAAGAAGUACACGUUGACUAACAUAAACUUAGAAAAUAUUGACUGAUUCAUUUCCUACUGUACACAGCGCUAAUGCUUUGUCCAAGAUUUUUUUUUUAAUAAUAACUAAGCUAUUAAGAUUAGCUUUCAGCCGAACCCCAAACUUAAAUAAAUUGAAAAAAAAUACAAA